AUGGCACAAACACGCGAUGUAGUAGUAUUGGCGGCAAACCGCUCCCCCAUAGGCAGUUUUAAUGGCAGUUUGAGCGGUUUUGAACCCUCAGAGCUGGCAGCUUUGGUGAUGCGAGAUACGGUGCAGCGCUCGGGCGUGGAAGCGGCAAAAUUCAACUAUGUCACUGUGGGCAACUGCAUUCCUACCGAUGGCCGCUUUGCCUAUGUGCCCCGCGUGGCCAGCAUAGAGGCGGGUUUAUCGAUGGAUUCGGUGGCCAUGCAGGUCAACCGGCUGUGCAGCUCAGGCUUGCAGGCGAUAGUAUCCACGGCGCAAGCGAUCAUGUUGGGUGACUGCGACUACGGCAUAGGUGGCGGCGUGGAAGUCAUGAGCCGUGGUGGCUAUCUCUCCACCGCCAUGCGCAAUGGUGCGCGUAUGGGAGACACCAAACUCAUAGACAUGAUGGUAGCCACCCUAACCGACCCCUUUGGCGUAGGCCACAUGGGGGUAACUGCGGAAAACUUGGCGACCAAAUGGAAUAUUAGCCGAGAAGAACAAGACGCAUUGGCUGUGGAGUCGCAAAAACGCGCCGCCGCUGCCAUCGCCGAGGGACGCUUUAAAACGCAAAUUACAGCAAUUACGCUCAAAACCCGCAAAGGCGAAACCGUCUUUGAUACCGACGAAUACGUUAAACCCGAAACCACAAUGGAGAGCCUGGCUAAGCUCAAACCCGCGUUCAAAAAAGAAGGUGGUACUGUGACAGCUGGCAACGCCUCAGGCAUUAACGAUGGCGCGGCUUUUUUUGCGCUGACAGCGGCAGAUGUGGCGGCUAGCGCAGGUCUUAAACCUAUGGCGCGAUUGGUAUCCUACGCAGUGGCAGGCGUACCCAACGAUGUCAUGGGCGAAGGCCCCAUACCUGCCACCAAACUGGCCUUGCAACGCGCAGGUUUGUCCCUGGACCAAAUGGAUGUGAUUGAAUCCAAUGAAGCUUUUGCUGCCCAGGCGAUAGCUGUUUCUCGCGGUUUGGGUUUGGAUAUGCGCAAAACCAACCCCAAUGGCGGCGCCAUAGCGCUCGGACAUCCUGUGGGCUGCUCU